AUGAGCGCUAUCUUCUCUGGAGCUCCUCCGCAGGGUGGCCCAGGCUACUCGUUCAAGAGCACCCCCACAGCUGUUCCCUCUGGUGAGAGGCAGCACGGCUUCUACCCCUACACUGACAAUGGUGGUUCGACGCUUGGUAUCUCUGGUGCUGACUUCGCCAUCCUCGCCGGUGACACUCGAUCUACAUCUGGCUACAACAUCAACACACGAUACGAGCCCAAGCUCUUCAAGAUUGGCGGCGAAGGGCCAGACAAUAAGGGCGCACGGAUAGUGCUCUCCGUAGUUGGUUUCGCUGCGGACGGUCACGCGCUGAAGGAGCACCUCGACACCAUCGUCAAGAUGUACAAGUACAAGCACGGCAAGCCCAUGGCCGUAUCCGCCUGCGCACAGCGUCUCAGCCAUAUCCUCUACAAUAAGCGAUUCUUCCCCUAUUACGUACACGCAAUUCUGGGUGGUCUGGACGAAGACGGCAAGGGUGCUUUGUACUCCUACGAUCCCGUUGGCAGCUACGAGCGGGAGCAGUGCAGGGCAGCGGGUGCGGCAUCUUCGCUCAUUAUGCCCUUUCUGGACAACCAGGUCAACUUCAAGAACCAAUAUGAGCCUGGCAGCGGGACAGGACACAACCUGAAGACUGUCGUCCCACAGCCUCUGCCUCAGGACCAUGUCGAGGACCUGGUUCGAGACGCAUUCACGAGUGCUGUAGAGAGGCAUAUCGAGGUCGGUGACGGGCUGCAGAUGAUGAUCAUCACCAAAGACGGUAUCCACGAGACAUUCACCCCGUUGAAGAAGGAUUAG